AUGAGUGCCAGGUCGACGCACCGUAGAAGAGGCUCGGCAAAAGCCAAUGCGACGAUUGAAAAAACGAAGACAGAGGCCGACAGAAGCAAAGUGAUUUCCAGAUCGCACAGUGUUCCCAAACGGGCUGCAGAUUCGGUCAGUAGGCGUGGCUUGCUGCAAUAGACGCACGGUUUGUUGCAAUGGGGGCGCGGUUUUGAGAGCUUUUUUCGUUGCUUUAUACCGUGUUCAAAGUGAUUUCGCGAAAUCCAAAAUUGCCGCCAGAGAAAGAAAAAUAUAACUAAAUUAUGGAGAGUCAGAGAUCAUUUUGCAUUUCGCGAAAAUUACUUUGAACACGGCAUGAAUGAGUGUAAAAAUAGUUUGAAACGAGUUUUUUUUAUGGGUUUCCACGUUUUUAAAGGGUUUUAAUGUGUUUUGAAUAAUAUUAAAGGAAGCUUUGUCGAAUAUUAAAAAAAAUCCCACAGAAGAUCUCUUAAGCAACUUUAUUUCAAGAUUUUAGGACAGAGAAAUAAAAGAAACAGUUUGUGUGAAUCAAUUUAUUAUCGAAAAUGUGAUUUUAAUAGGUUUUUAUGAGGCAAAAACAGUCGAAAAUCUCUUCAAAUUCUCUUAAAACUCAUCAAAAACUUUUAUAGAACACGAAAAAUGUGAAAAAUGCUGAAUUUUCAAUAAAUACGCGAAAAAACUGUACAGGAACGCCAGAGUGAUCCCUUGAGGGAUUUAGGGUCUGACCCCUAAGCCCCUGAAGCCCAAGUGGUCUCUAUAGGGCCUUUUAGCGUCUAGCAUUCUUCCUUUAAGUGGUCCCUAACUAGAACCCCUAUAGAAACCACUUUUGCAAGCUUUAUGGGCCUCAAUAUGUGGUGGAAUUUUCAAGGGCCUUUAGGGAUGCCCCUAUAGGGACCCCUCAAGUUUUCAAGUAUUCAAGUAAAAGGAAAUGAAAAUUUCCUGAGGUUGACACGCGCCGCACCGCGUCGCGUUCAAAGAAACUCUCAUUUUAACUAUAAUUAUUUUUUUUACCUGCACUCACCUGUUUUGGAACACUGUGACUCCUUCAUUCAGUCUCUAAAUUUUCCCUUUUCAGAUCGCCAAGCCGGAGGUCGCCAAGAAGGUUCUCAUUUUUUCAAUUUCUGUUCCGAAUUUUCGAUUUUUCACAGGGAAGGUCGAUGGCUAAACAAACGAGCCAAACUACGAUUGUUAAAAAAAUCUUCAAAGCGAAUUGAUAAAGUCGGCAAAAAAUGAUGAUAAAAACUUUUUUUGAAAUAAUAUUUUUUUCAGAAUAAUACACAGGACAUGACCACGGUGAGUAUUCAGGUGAAAGGCUCAUUUUUUUUUUUUGAAAUUUUUUUUCCAUUUUCUCUUUUUUUGUAUUUUGUAGAUUGUGCGCAAUAAAAUGGGCGUGGCCUUAUAAAGUAUAAAACAUUAAUUAGAUCGGCUUCAUUUCCCAUAGUUUAGCAAAAAUUUUGGUGCCGCAUCAUUUUACGGGCGGAGCUUGGCUCAGAAAAUGCAACGGGUGCAUGGUUUUUUUACGCGUCGUAUUCAUAACCUUUGUGAGCUUUCUCGAUGUACUUCCAAGUUAUAAAACCUUUUCAAUUUUUCUAAAAAAAUUUACAUGACUUAAAAAAGUGGGCGGAGCUUGUAUGCAAGUUGUGCACAAUUAAUUUUUCAGACAAUUUUUUUCCACCAAAAGUAGGUUUCUAAAUUGUGAUCAAUUUUACGAACAAAAAUGAAUAAAAAUAAUCUUUUUUUAGGACGAAGUUCUGGGGACUAUCGAUUUGGGAUCGACGGACAGUCGGGCGAAAUGGGUCGCAUUUGUUAUGACUGAAUAUGUGAAUUACUUUUUUUAUAACUUUUAAAUUCAUCGAUUGUCUUCAGCCAACUGUCAAAAAGUUGAUGACUCUUUUUUCGGAUUUCCGCAAAAAGAAGACUUCGACCAUAAAGUCGGCGCCGAAAUCCUCGACGAUGCUGCGAUUUGGUGAUCGUAAUCGGUUGGGAUUUGGAAAAUUAAAAAAAGAACGAGUGAUUAUUAAGAACUUGAGGCAAGGAAAAAGUUUAAAUAUUGCGAAAUUCAUGGACUUUACUUCCAAUAAUCCGAUUUUUUUUCCUGUUAUUUUUUUAACUGUAGUUUUUUUCCUUAUGACUAUGAUAGACACACAACUAAUAUUCUGGAUAAAAUGAAGAAACAAUUUCGUGAAAAAAAAAUUGAAUGAAAACAAGAAAAUCACUUGAAACUCGAAAUGCGCCAACGUGCUUUCCCACAAAAUUAUUCGAGACAAAAAAUAAAACCAAUUUUCAAAUUUAAGUCAUUGUGAUUUUAUGUAUUGAGUCAAAAAAACGUACAAAAAAAACUAAAAGGAAAAAAAUGUCCGAAUUUUUUUCUGCAAAAAAUGCAUCUUGGAGCCAAAGUUGCUCUAUUGACAAGAUACCAUUGAGAAUUUUGUCCAUUUUUUUGCAUGUUUUUUUCUUUUUAUUUGAGAAGUUUAAGAGUUACAUUGUUAGUAUUGAUUUCUUUGUCGUGGAAUAUAUCUAGUUCCGUGGAAACUGGAAAGUUGAUCAAGAAAUUCCGUAUUGAGAGAAGAAAAACUCUUCUAACUGCAAUUCCGAAUUUUUUCUUUAUACUUUCGUACAACUCGAAAAAGACUUGAAUCUACACAAAAAAUGUCAUUAAGCGCUUUUUCCAGUAUCAAAUCGCAUUCGUGCUUGUCAGCUUUGUUUUAAAGCUAGAAUAAAGAGGAUAUUUGAAGUUUUGAGAAGAAAAUAAAUUCGUCUUCGUUUCCAUUUUAUGUCAAUCUGAGCAAGUUUAGAGUCGGAAUUGAUCAUUUUCCGUUUUAUUUCGCCUGAAAACUUUCAUUAAUAAUGAUUUUAAGUCCAUACAUACAAGAUUUAUAUGUUGGAACAAUUUUUGUACAGAAAAUAACGUAUCUCAAUUCAGUUACGAGGAUAUUCUGUGUCUCGACGCGACGAGAGUCAUCCUGAAAGAACGGCCGCCCGAGAAUGACUACAUCCACGCUUCUUGGAUGCGGAUGCCCGACUCGAUGGCGUACAUUUGCACCCAGGCACCGAUGAAGUCCACGAUGGAAGAUUUCUGGCACAUGAUCUUCACGGAGAAGGUCUCAAUGAUCAUCAUGCUCUGCAGCUACACUGAAGGUUCAUUUUCUGGUUUCUAAAAUUUUUUUUCGUCGAAAAGUGUUAAUCAUAAGCAGCACCUUUUUAACCCAAGCAGCGCCUUCUAAACUUAUAGACAUAGGGGCAGUAAAAAAAAUGGGGCUUCAGGUGAAAGCAGUAUCUUGUAUAGUUUUUCUUUGCGAAUCGAACGGUGAACUUGAAAACGUACAGAAGUUCCUAGUUUUAGAGAAAAAAUAAUUCCAAGUCGGAGAAAGAAAAGUUUGAGUUCCCGCGAAAAUGGCGCUUUCCAGUAAAGAUGCUUUAUGGACAACACGCUUCGCCAUCUUCCGGAUUUUCGCUUUUUUUUUUCGUUUCUUUCAAUUUUCAACUUUUUCUGUUGUCACCAGAGUUUUUUUCGUCACCAAAGCCUUCGAUUCAUGUAUAAUUUGCAAACUUUGAUCGCAAAAAAGCUUUUCUGGUGAAAAAUGAUGAUUUUACACAGGUUUCGAUUGGGAUAGCGAUUAUUUGUGUCUUUAUUAUCGGUGUGUGUUUUUUGUUUGACUAAAUGCUUUUUUUCAGAAAAGAAACCCUCAAUUUAAAGCAGAUAUCCGGUUAUUUCAUACAAAAUGCGAGUCUAAUGAGACGUCCGCAACAUCGCGUGCACGGCUACUGUAAACAUUUGUCUGCAUACCGAUCCAAAGCGUUUUUCAAAAUUAAAGGCGGGAAAGUAAAAUCGCGUUUUUCUUCUAAAGUUGUCACAUCUGUAAUUUUUCUGGGUACACCGUUGGAUUUGCAAAGAAAAACUAUAUAAGAUACCGCUUUCACCUGAAACCCCAUUUUUUACUGCCCCUAUGCCUUUAAGCAGCGCCUUCAGUUAAAAACAAAAAAUCAUAAUUAAUUAUCGCGCACCACGAUGAUCCUUUAAUAGCGCUUAAGUAUUUGGAUUUUCUUUGAUCCAGAAACAAGAAUUAAAAUCCAAAAAAAAAAUGCAGCGCUAUUCGAGGAUCAUCGUCAAAAAAUAAGGAUAAUGUAGCCACAAUAAGUCGUCCGCCUUUUUCUCAGUCCACCGCCUUUUUCUUUCGCGUGCGGUUGGCUCUUUUUUUCUCUACUUUUUCGUGGCCCUUUUUCACCCUUUGUUUUUGGGACUAUGGGUCAGCCUCGGGAAAAGCGCCCGGCUCCAUCUGCAGAUGACUCAUUGAGUUCUGACCCUAAUCUGGAUGAUGAACAAAAUUUCCGAACUUUAUUGGCUCAAGUGGUCGCUGACAAUAAAGUGCUCAAACAAGCCUAUGAAGAUUUGAACUCCCGUUUGUCUCAAUUUCUAGAGAUAAACUCUGGUCUCGUCGCUGAGAAUUCUCGUCUCGUAUCCGAAAAUGAAGCUCUACGAAACCUCAAUCGCUCACUUCAGCAAAAAUACUCGCUCCUCUACACCAGCCAAAUCUUCGCCAACGCUGCCUGACAACCUUGCCCGACUUUCAUCUCAAGUCAAAAUGACCCAUGAGCUUGCGUCAAUGAGAAAAAAAGCUUUCAAGCAGUCAUAGAACGCCUUGACGACUCAAAAACUCCUGCCCAGGACAAGAACGACAGAGAUUUCGUCGACGCCAUAUGUGCUGAAGCCGGUAUUCCGUGCCCGGAUGAAGUUUUUCGACACCAGUGUGAUGCCAAACGCAGGCCGCUGAAAAUUCGACUCGGUUCUACUUACAACCGUGAUAUUUUCAUUAGUCGUUUUCGCCAUUCUGUUCCGGUCGUCAGUCUCUCGUGUCCCAUGAAUCCUCGCUGCAGACGCGACAUGACGCUAACGGAGUUAUCCCUUCUCCGCUCCCUGAGAAAAAAGGCUUACGAAGAUAACGCUAAGGCUGGAAUCUUUAAGUACUUUGUUAGAGACCUUGAAAUCGUCGAAACUGAUAAACCUAGAAAGUUUGUAGUUUCAACGAAGAUCAAAGAUCCGUCCAUUGUCAUUUCCCCGUCUUCAGCGCCUUCUUCCUUGCCUGAGGCAAAUGAAAUGGAACAAUAGGAUCUCGUCACUACCGCGCUUUCCGAUUCCGUUUUGCCCUACCAGUCCUCCCCCCACACUCACCUACCCACCAGCCGUGGACCCGCUUGUGAUCCUCCUCCAUUUUUCUUUUAUUUUUCUACCCCACACACGGUUGGUUACGGUGAGUCUGAGUCCUUCAUGGUGACUCCGUCGAUUUCGCGGCCCGAACGUUUUCCUCUUGCUAUUUUGCCUCAAAUUCCUGUAAAUACUAAUGAUUCUAAUUUCAAUGUUAUUCCUAAUGUAAAUAUCCCUAAUACUUAUGUCAAAUUGACUAACUCUUUUGUAAAAACGUCUAAAUCAUUUGAUUCGCUAACAUCUGAUCAGAAUAACUCGAACAACCUUAAAUGUCUUCUCAUAAAUGUUCGCUUCAUUAGCUCUGUGUCUAAGUUUAAAAUUUUGAUAACUUACUUGGAUUUUGAGAACUUUGACCUUUGUUUCGUUUCUAAAACGUUUCUGAACAACUCUUGCGUCGAUUCUUUACUAACUAAUGAUUUUUACUUUCAUAUUCGAUGUGAUCGACGUCCUGAACACUACAAGAAAUCGGGAGGAGGCGUGUUAAUUCUCUACAGGAAAAGUCUGAAAAUCAUCGAGUUGGAUGCCAGGUUGGAUGAUUUUUACUCGAAACAUUUCUGCGAAAUAAUCUCUUUUGAUCUUAUAUGCCCAGGAUAUAAAUUUCGUUUCAAUCUAAUCUAUAGAGCACCGGACAGUAGCAGCGAGUACACAAAAUUUCUUAUAGAAAAUUUGUCUUUUCUUCUUGGAUCCUCUAAAAACAUUGUUCUUGGUGACCUUAAUCUUCCUAACGUCUCCUGGAAUGGAGAUAAUGCUAGUCAUACUAACCAAAUGUUUCAAUUUGCUUCGAGCUUCAAUUUAGACCAAUUAGUUGAUUUUCCAACUAGAUUUUCUUCGAGUGGUACUAACACUAUCCUUGAUGUCUUACUCACAGAUUGCAAUCUCUUUUUGUCCUCAAUUUUACCUGUUAACCCUCCAAUUGCUACCGAUCACAUAGGAGUUUCCUUUCUUCUGAAAAGUGACACUCAUCGUGCUAUUGACUCAGCCAGACCUAGAAAAAAUUACCGCAAAGGUAAUUAUAUUGCUAUUAACAACGCUUUAUUUUCUUAUAAUUGGCCCAGACAAUUUUCUUUCUUUUCUACCUUUGAAAACAAAUACCAACAUUUCUGCAAUAUUUUCAAUGAACUAAUAAAUCAAUUUUGUCCUUCCAAUCCUCCUUUCAGACCUAAUCGCUCUCGUUGUAGUAUAAGAAGUCUCAUUAGAAACAAAGCUGGCUUGAGAAGACAAGGGCUUCUUACUUUCACCCAGAGAACUAGGUUCAACUCCUCGCUUUCUCGUCUCAAAAAUAGGGUUAGGCUCCUGCUCAAACGCAAAGAACUUGAUGUUGUUCGUUCUGGAAAUUCUUCAUCUGUAAUCAAAUAUGUUUCUAAAAAAACUUAAAUUGAAAACCGACCAUACCUCAUUUAGAGCACAAAGGCACUUAUUGUAUGUCCAACAUUGAUAAGUCAUCUGCCUUUCUUGACGUUUUUUCUACUAACCGCAACUCAAAUAAUUUUGAAAUUCCUUCCAUUUUUCCAACCGGCAAACCAUUUUCUGUUCAUCCUGAUUUUUCUCCUCUCAACAUUCAUAAAUUCAUUUCUAAAUUGGCUCCAAAAACUGGCUUCUCAUAUGAUCUCAUGAAUUUCUAUGUGUUAAAGCAGUGUAGAGAAGCCCUCUCUGUUCCGCUGUCAAUUCUCUUCACAGAUUCAUACUUCUCUUGUAUUGUUCCCCAAUCUUGGAAACUCUCAUACAUUGUUCCAAUUUAUAAAAAAAGGAAAAAAAGGCUGAUCCUGAAAAAUUAUAGACCUAUAAGUCUAACCCAUCCUCUGGCAAGACUUAUGGAGCGAAUAAUUGCCACUCACAUAAAAUCAAGCUUCAAACUCAAAUUUUCUUCCCGUCAGUUUGGUUUUCUCAACAAUCGAAGUUGUACACUUGCUCUCCUUGACUCUGUUACAAACUGGAAACUUUCUAUUAGUAGGGGAUUACCAAUCGAUGUCGUUUAUUUUGAUUUCAUGAAAGCUUUUGAUUAUGUCCCACACAACCUUCUUAUCGCCAAACUAGAAACUUUCGGAUUCAAUAGUCUUAUGGUCAAUUGGUUUAAAACUUUCCUCUCUGGCCGCACAUCUAAGAUUUUAAUUGAUGGUCUUGCUUCUGAUGAUAGCUUCAACGUGGUCUCAGGAGUCUUACAAGGCACUGUCACUGGCCCGCUUCUUUUUCCUAAUUUUUUUGUCAACGACCUCCCAGAUAUCUUUGAUUCUUCCGUUACUUCAUAUUUGUUCGCCGAUGACUUGAAAAAUCUCUUCAGAUAACCCUGAUGCUAUCCAAGACAGUAUAAAUAGAUUGCUCGAUUGGUCCAAAACUUGGGGCCUCCCAGUUGCGGCCAAUAAAACUGUUGUUCUUCAUCUAGGCAGGAAACAAUCCUGAACAUGUUUACAAUGUUAAUGGCUCACCUAUUCGAUCUGAAACUGUUGUCAGAGACCUCGGUCUCCUUAUCGAUAAAAAUUUGUGUUUCAGCCCUCACAUUAAUCAUGUAGUCAACAUUGCCACUCUCAAAUCUAAACAGCUGCUCAAAGCUUUUGCUCACUUGAACAUCCAGCAGUAUAAUUUACUAUUCAACAUGUACGCUAGACCCUAUCUUGACUAUUGCUCUGAAAUCUUCUCACCGCCUAUAAAUUCAGAACUUUCCGUCCUACUUGAAAAACCUUACCGUCAUUAUACUAGGCAAGUUUUCAUGAGACGUAAUAAAUCCUUUGACACAUACUCCCAUCGCCUUGAUGUACUCGGUUCUACUCAUGUUUUCCGUAGGAGAACUUCUAUUGCUCUAGUAACGCUUCAAAAAAUCGUCCUGGGCAUUUACCACUUUCCUAGCGCAGAAAAGUUUUUCAGUAGAAGUCGUUCACCUCGGUAUCCUUUUCGUUUGAUUCAGACUGGUUCCAGAUUUAAUAGUUUUUUUAGCACUCUGUCAUUCCUCUUUGGAAUAGACUCUGCUCAAGAUUCAACCCUAACACGUCUACCACCCGUUUCAGAAAGUUUCUCGACUCGCUAAGCAACGAAGAACUCUUUUCCAACAUUCCCUUGCGUCUACUGUGAUCAAAAAUCCUUCUACGUGUUCUAUUCCCUAUACCGGUAAAUUCGCUCGUGAGGGCGUAUUAAAACCGGUGCUCAUUUCACUCCCAUACAAUUCUUGCCCAACUUUGCCUUUUUCUUUGUAGCUCAUGUUAUUAUAUGUAGUGGAGUGAAAUAAAUAUUCAAAUAAAUUGAAAAUCUCAACAAACUUUAUUGACUUUUUCGCGAUUCCAGCGCCAAUUUUGAACUUCGCGCCAAAUAUUCACAUGAUCUUUAUCAGUCAGUGGAGUCAAUAAGUAUAUAGGAACUUAUUCUGGGUUCAUUUUUUUAAGUUAUUGAAAUUCUAUCUUGAAAAAUUUCGAAAAUCUUUCUGGAAUGUCUUACAUUGCUGGUCUGACUAUGAGAGGAAUUUUAGCGAAAUAGUGGGCUAAAUGAGAGGUUUAGACAUUUUUUUAGUUGUUUUUUCGUCUUCAGCAAUUAUUUGAAGUGCUUGGAAUCAUAUUUAGGCAAACACUUUUUCAGAUAACAUGUCGAAAUGCGACGUUUAUUUGCCGGAAACGACGGAUUCAGCGACCUACGGCCCCUAUAAAGUUACCAAAAAAUCCUCGCCUUCGAUCAAUAUCGAAAGCGUUAAACAUCGAGUCUUUGAAGUACAAAAAACGUAAUGAAUUUGACGAGAAUCUCUUCCAAAAAAGGAGAUUUUUAGGGGAUCUCCAGGCACGAUUACAGUGAGCCAUUUCAUUCAUUCCGGUUGGUUGGAUCAUUUUGCGCCGAAAUCGCCGGGCGGAAUCGUUCAGCUGCUGAAAUUGGCGCGGGAAAAGGUGAGGUUUCCCUGGGAAUGUGGAAAAAUUUUGUGAAAUUUUUUUGGAAUUUUUUUAUGCUUGUUAUGUUUCAGAAAAAAAUGAGAUUUUUUUGAAUAAACAAACCUUCCAUGAAAUUUUUGAUCUUAUUGCCUCAGUUUAAAAACACUCGAAAUUGCAGUAUGAUAAAUUUUUUUCUGAAAAAAAGCCGAUUUUAACUUCGCGCCAAGAAAGUGAAGAAAGGGUGUACAGAAAGUUGCUUACCGUAGCCUUUUAAUUUCCCGGAAAAAUAAUUUUUUUCUUCUAGAAUUUCGGUUUUUUUCAAUUUUUUUCUGAAAUCUUCAUCAAAUUCAAGCAUAUGUUUCUAUAAAAAAAUUUUUUUAAGAAAAAGAAAAAAAUUAAAAACCUAAACACCUGUUUAUAAAUCUAAAUUUCAGCAUUUUAAAGCCUUCUGAAGAAAUUUUUAUCGGUUUCAAAUUUAUUUGUAAAACUCAGAAUAAGCCAUCAAAAAGAAGCUUCUGAAAUUCCCAAUAUAAAAAUUUUUUUCAGUAGUGAAAAACCAUCAAUUUUUUUGGGUUUUCAGUCGAAUAAUUGCCCUGUGGUGGUUCAUUGUUCUGCUGGAAUCGGCCGUUCGGCGACUUUUAUUGGUGAAUUACAUUUUUUUCAGAAAAAAAGGAUAACUUUCGAUAUUCGAGAACAUUUUUUUAAAAAUUUUUCCAAGUAGUCUGAAAUCCAAUAAGAAAAAGGAAAAAUAUUACAGCUGGUUUUCAGAUUUUAUUUGUUCUUUGAAAUGUUCCAAAACAGAAUUGGACAAGUUUCACCUGAACUUGAGGAAUCAUGAGCUUUUUUUCAAGUCUAGACCACAAGUUAUCGAAAGUUGAAAAUUCUGGAAAGUGAAGCUUAUAAAAAAUUUGAGCCCUGAAAAAAAAAAUUUUGGGUUUCAAGGAUUUGGAAGCUUUGAUACCAAGUGAAUUUGAAAUGAAAAAGUUAAAAGUUUUUUUCUUUAGACAAUUUCUUAUUUUUUUGACGGGUUCCUUUCAUACCGGGAGCUAUAAGGAAAAAGUCAAAAAUAAUAAAUUUUUUUCAAAAAGUCUUUUUUUAAGAAACAAAGUUUAUAAAGUCCCGAUUAGGACUUGAAAAAAACAAUUUUUUUUCGAUUUUUGCGUCCUUUACUGCAACUUUUUUUGACAAUUUCUUAUGUUUGACGGGUUCCUUUCAUACCAGGAGCUAUAAAAAAAGCAAUAGUAAUAAAUUUUUUUCAAAAGUCUUUUUUUAAGAAACAAAGUUUAUAAAGUCCUGAUUAAGACCUUAAAAAAACAUUUUUUUCCAUAAGUUUUGACUUUCAGUCGAGUUUUAAUGUUUUGAGGUCCCCACAUGAUAAUAUUAAUGUGGAGAAAAGGAUGGUUUCUGGCUUCUUUGUGGCUUGAUUUAACUUGAGUAAGAGAAAAAAGGGUGAGAAAAUUUCAAUUUUGAGUGGACCCGGAUGAAUUGAAAAUUAGAAGAAAAAAAAUGAAAACAUAUGACUUUUUUCAAAGUUACAUAAAUGACUUGAAGACGAAAAUUAAGAUAUUUUUGAUUUCGGUAAGAUCCUGAUAAGUAUCAAAUAAUAAGAAAAAAAAAUUAACUUUUCUUGGACUUUUGUACGUGAAGAAAAAGUAUAGAAAAGUCGCAUUUUCAGCGAUUGAUUAUGGAUCUCAAAGGGUGAAGGAAAUGCCGACCCUGAAUCCACUGGACAUUGUCAAAGAAGUCCGUUUGAUGAGGUUUUUCUCGAGUUUAAAAAAAAAUUGUAGAUUUUUUCCAACUUUCCAGACACCAAUCCGUCCAAUCCUACUUUCAAUUCGGCUUCAUGAUCAUGUGUAUUUUUGACUUGUUCUUGCAGGUCUGGAAUUUUUUCUUUUUUCGGGAUUUUCGUGAGCUUGGAAUGGGUUGGAACGCGUCGCGGUCGCGGAAGAAAUGUAUUCGAAACUUGGUUUUGACCCAAGAGUUGCACCCGACUUUAAGCGACUUGUAUUUUAUGGUGCAGUAUGGCGAAAGUAGUUUCUGGUCUGACGCGCUGAAAAAUUUUCUAGAAAUGGGAGGAUUUGAGUCAUAUUUUUACAAACAUAUUGGACCAUUAUAUUCGAGAAAGAAAAAUUGAAAAAAAUGGGGUUUUUUUUUCGAAAAUAUUGUGAAAUGGAGACUGAAAAUCACUAUAGGUGUCAAAAAUCGUAAAUUUGAAACUUAAUGAAUUUUUUCCAUGAAGAAAAAAAUGGAUGAUAACUCUCGCAUGCUGAGCAGGUGUCUCAACGGGUGUACCCGUAUUAAACCCGUGUUUCUGAGGUUAUUUUAGUCUCAGUUGGGCUAAAACGGGGGAACAACGGGUGUAAGAAAAAUAGGUAACCCAGCUGGGCUAAAGCGGGGUCUCAGUUGGGCUAAAAAGUGCCAAAAGUUCUAUCAGCUGGGCUUAUACGGGUUUAAUACGGGGGCACCCGCGGAGACCCCGUGUUAGCACGGCUGGGUUACCCUGCUCAGCAUUCGAGCUAGGAAAAUUUCAAAUUUCGCGCCAAAAUUUGAAAAAAAAAAUGCGUUUUUUUCUCACUCAUUUGGGAACCCAUCAAAUAUAAAAUUGCAAUUUUUUCGAGAAUUGAAAAGUUUGGAAGCUUAAAAUUUGCAGCAUUGGCAUCAUUAUGAGAAAAAUAAGCUUUAUUUCCAAAAAACAACCGAAUUUUCAAGAGCCGCUUCGCGACCGCGACGCGUCGAUCCAUUCCCUGCAACGCCGUAAAAAAAAUACAUUUUUUUGAUUUUUUUAGGACGGAGUAAUCACGAAAAAUCCGCAGGCCGUGUCGCGGUACAUCUCUGGCUACACGCAAUUCGUGGUGAGGAAGGGCAAAACCUGA